AUGUCCGUAUCAGCCUCGAUUCCCGACACUUCGCUUGGCCUCACCUCCUCCGAGAUUCAGAUCCUGAGGCAACAACAACAGAUCGCUCUGCAGGGCGGCCACGGUGCCAAUGGUGUUUCCAGAGGCAGAGGGACCGGCCGAACCAGCAACUCCAGUUCGCGCGCCGCCAGUGCCGCCAGCAGUCACGGUCGUUUAAUACUGGAUCCGAUGAGUUUACGAGCGCUUUCGCAUCAGUUGGAUGGGUUGCAGCAACAGAUUCGAAAUCGUCUUGAUGAUCUAGAAGAGCAAAUGCAACUUUCCAUCCAAAAUAGUUACGAUCGCGCAGGCAACGUUAUUUGCAAUGCUGAUGCUGAAAUCGCCCGGACUCGUUCCAUUCUCACCUCAAUUGAUGACCUCGAAACCGAGCUUGCGAAGAUCGGACAUAUUAGAGAAAUCGUGAAAGCAUAUCGUGGCCGUAUAGAAGGCCUCGAUCAACGCCUGGAUCAAGCCAUCCGGCGGAGACACUGA